UCAGUAGGAGUUAUUUUUGUGGUGCACCUGUGUAGUUAUCAAUCAAGGAAGGUGGUGCUCUUACUUUUAGCGACUUUUCUUACGGUAGUUAAGCAUGGACAUACUUUUGAUUUUCUAGAAGCACUAAAAAGACGAAGGAUAGACAGAACAAUGACACAAAAUCAUGUGUCAGGGAUGGAGACAUCCGCCAUCUCCGUCCUGAAGCGGGCAGUGGAGCUGGACCAGAGCGGCCGUUUCCAGGAGUCUCUUGUCUGCUACCAGGAGGGCAUCCAGCUGCUUAUGGACGUGUUGAAAGCAGCUGUGAAAGAUGACUCAAAGAGAGGGCAUUACAGGGAUAAGAUAAAGGGCUACAUGGAUAGAGCUGAGCAAAUCAAAGCGCAUGUGAACCAGAUGAAAGAAGAUGGGAAAUACCAUGAGCAGAUCAGAAUAGCUGAGGAUGCUACUGGUUACAGCUACGAGGCACUAUUCAAGCCAUACAUCAGCAGUUUACUCACAGAGGUCUGGGUAGAAGAUCCAUACAUACGGCACAUCCACCAACUAUACAACUUCCUGCGUUUCUGUGAGAUGCUUCUAAAGGCACCCUGCAAAGUGAAAAAGAUCCAUCUUCUCACUACACAGGAUGAUGUGGACGGCGGCCAACAGAGCAGCGCUCUGGCUGAGCUGAAAGAGAGUCUCGGCGCUCAGGGAGUGACCCUGGAUCUACAGUACUCCUCCACUAUCCAUGACAGGGAGAUCAGGUUUAACAAUGGAUGGAUCAUCAAGAUCGGAAGAGGACUGGAUUACUUCAAGAGACCUAAGGGACGAUUCUCCAUUGGAUAUUGUGACUAUGACCUCAGGCAGUGCCAGGAGACCACCGUAGAUAUUUUUCAUACCGAACACACCAAAACACUAUGAGAUUCAUAAAGCUUUGGUUUCAUUUUUUUCUAUCUCAUGCGACUCACAGGCCUUCAAAACGACACAUUUGCUGUGUUGUUGCUUUUACCUUAACAUACAGUUAUGUGAACGAAUUGGAAUUUCGAAAUACUUUUUAAUUUCAUCCAAAUGUAUGAUCUUGUACGGUGUGAUGCAUUUGACAUUUCUUCAGUCUUAUGUGUAUUCUAUGCAAAACAGAUUUCAACUUUCUUUAUUCUGAACUUUUUUAUAUGCCUUUUUCUUUUCUGCUACAUGUGGAUGCUUUAAGGUUGUCUGCAGGUAAGAUGCAUUUUAAGGGGUGUCAUCCAACCAUCUGGUUGAAAAAUAAAACAUUUUAAAAUUAUAUUAAAAGUGCUUUUAUAAUUCCA